UUAAUAAAAAAUUGACAAUUUAGUCAAUUUAGUAAUUUAGUAUUAGUAUAUACAUUUUACUGUCAAUAUGGUAAUUCAAAAGUAACAUACAAUAUAAUAUAAAUAUACCUACUACCUUGUUGAAUGACAAUGUCGAGUUAUAAUGAUCGACGACGAAAAGAACGUGAAAACAUCGGUUUGAUAGGUGUAGCAGAAAUUUGGGAAAAAUCUCCUCCACAACCUGUUAACAAUUUAGAUUCGGAUGAUGAAAAUGGUUUGAAUCAAAACAAUCAUGCAAUUGAUCCAAUUAAAUCACAUAAGAAGAGGAAGAAACAUAAAGAAAAAUCAAAGAAAUCAAAAAAGUCCAAAAAAGCAAAAAAGCAUAAGGAAUCACAUAAAAAGAAAAAGAAGAAAAAAGUAUCAUCAGACAGUUCAAGUAAUUCAAGUAGUGAAGACGAUGAAUGGAUUGAGAAAAAAGGUGCCAAAGAGCAUACCGUUGAUGACAUGGUAGGACCAUUACCAAAGCCUAAUGUCACAUUAACACAAAAAGAGUAUGGUCGCGCUUUGUUGCCUGGUGAAGGAGCAGCCAUGGCAGCUUAUGUACAAGAUGGUAAACGUAUUCCUCGUCGUGGUGAGAUUGGUUUAACAUGUGAUGAAAUAUCAUCUUACGAGUCGGUUGGGUAUGUGAUGAGCGGAAGUCGGCACAGACGUAUGGAAGCUGUGCGUAUUCGUAAAGAAAAUCAAAUUUACUCUGCUGAUGAAAAACGUGCAUUGGCUAUGUUUAGUAAGGAAGAACGGCAGAAGAGAGAAAAUAAAAUUCUUACUCAGUUUAGGGAUAUGGUGAAAAGCAAAACCUCAAAUAAGUAAUUAGAAAUUAAAUUUUGUGUUAAAUCUGUAUUAAAUGUAAAAUAAUAUAAUUGACUGAUUACAAUAUAUAUUUAAUUUAUUUGUAUGAAAAAUACAAUAUAUUAUUUCUCCAAUAAAAUUGUAUUAAAUUCAAAAGUAAACUUUAAGAGAAUGAGACAAAUUUUAAACUAGAAUUACAUGUAUUUGUCAUACUUGUGAUGGAUUAAGGUUUUAUUUAUGUUGUUUUAUCCAAUAGCAAAUACAAAAUUAUUUAAAUUUAUUUUAUUAUAUUAUGUUGACACUUUAAUAUAUUACUU